UUCUAUUUCUUCACCGUCUGGAACUCAGUGGCUAGGAAGAAUCGCUCCGCUCACGCGUGAGGCUGACCUUUAGGGACAGAGUGAGAUGGCAGUCCUCUGUCAUCUGAUACACGGUAAUGGCACGGCUGUAGAUGAAUAGCAGAGGGUGCCUGUACUACGUGCCUAAUAUUAAGACAUUUUAAUAUUUCAAUCUGACAGCAUCGCAUUUGGAAGGACGGCAAACAUGGGAAGAUGGUCUCUGUUUAUUAAAGGUGGAGGAGGGGAAAUUAAACCAUUGGCUGGAACACUAGCACCGUGUGAGAGAUAGAAUUUCCUCCUGAGGCAAGCCAGGUCUCUUUGUCACAGUAGAUUCUGUUUCCAGACCUUCUAACGGCAACAUGCUAUUUUCAAAAUAAGCUGGACAUUUCUGAACCCCUUGUGGGACUGUUUUGACUCUGCAAUCAAGCUAAAAUGCAGGACUGGUUCGGUAACUAUUUGUAUAUUCCUAAUGUAGCAUUACUGCCAUGAGAUCACUGGCACAACCUGGCAUCAUGUUACGGCUUGGCAGAAUGGGGUCAGAAUAUCAUAAGCUAUGAAAUGCCUGGGAUCUGGAAGAAGAUUACUUUUUCCUUGGCUUCCGUGCUCAGCAUCGCGUCUAUUGUCCUGAUCGUGGUGGCUCUCUCUACGGAGAAGUGGGUGACUGGAAAGAUCCUGUGCAAAACUGGAGCAGAGCUGGUGAACGCCUCAGAUCCGGAGCUGGUGAAAUUCGUCGGGGAUGUUUACUUUGGACUUUUCAAAGGUGGAAGAAUCUGGAAAUGUGGCCUGGGAAGCCGACGGUCCAAGAUCUACAUUUUCCCCAAACUCGUGAGGAGGCUGAACGGCGGACUUCACGUGAUCAUCAUCUUGUUCCUCUUCGUCGCCAUAGGGUUUGCUUCAGUCAGUCUGGCAUUCUGCAUUUACAAUGCGAGAAAAGUUCCAUACCAGUCAAUAAAAGGCCCACCGGGACUAUACUUAUGGAACUUCAUUGCAGGUCUCUUUGGAGCGUUCGCCAUCGUCUGCUUUGUCGCGGCCACGAAGCACCACCGACUCACUGAGAGGGUGGCCAACUUCAGGGAGGAAAUCUUCCAGUUCAUCGUCCUGGAGGAAGACUACGACUUCUCCUUCUGGCUGUGCGUGGCAAGCGCGGCGACGCACGGGGCAAACUUCAUCGUCGUGACCAUGAGCAGGAUCCACCUUCCGAAAAUACAGACCAAGAAGCCAGAGGAACCGACAGCCAGAGCAGAAGACCUCCUGUACUGAGAAGGACCUGCAGCUCUGGAUAGCCUUGAGUGCUAAUGCAUGCAUUAGUAUGAGAACAUGCAAAAAUUACAGGCCCUACAUCCCAGAGAAGGCACCACUGUUUUUAACAUGUACAGCUAUGUGAGCUACCCGAACAAGGAACAUACAGUACAAUUAUCAAAUGAACAAUAGAGCAAUCUGUUAGUGACUGGUACCUAUAUGACACUGUACAGUGAUUAAAUGUAAAACCAUUUAAAGCUAUUUAGCAUUUCCUUUAGAAUGUUUGUAUAAAAUAAAAAUGUACAUGAU